AUGGAGGGAAAACUUUCCGAUUAUGACUACAACACACAAUUUCGUGUUAAUGACAAAAAUCGAGUUUGUUUAAAAUGGAGUACUUUGGAUGAAGAACAAAAACUAGCGGAAAAUGUCAGUGAUUACAUUAAUGCCUCACAUAUUGGACUACCUGGGACCACGACAAGAUAUAUAGCUGCACAAGCGCCUUUGCCUUCAACUCUCCGAGAUUGGUUUGAAAUGAUACGGGAAUAUGAAGUUAGAAUAAUCGUAAUGUUAUGCAAUAUCAUAGAAAUGGGCAAGGUUAAAUGUGAAAUGUACUGGCCUCAAGAACUUAAUGAAGAAGAAAAUUUUGCCGGAAUAUUUGUGACAGUCAUUAAAGAAGAAAUUUUCGAAGAAUAUAGUAAAAGAGACCUUAAACUUCGUUGGAAAGACGGUGAAAUAAAAUACAUUACGCAGUUGCAUUAUACAGAAUGGCCAGAUCAUGGAAGCCCACAAAGUGAAUUACAAUUUCUUGAUAUGAUUUAUUCUUUGGAUAAACUGCUUAUAAAUGAUCCAGACAAACCUGUUCUGGUGCAUUGCAGUGCUGGUUGUGGUCGCACGGGAACAAUUAUUGCGGCAAAUUCAAUUCGCGAACGCAUAAAUAAAGAAAUUCUCGCUGAGGAGUUAAAUAUUUUGGAGAUUACUUUAGAACUGCGAAAACAGCGAGUUUCGAUGAUUCAAACUCCCGACCAAUAUCAAUUUUUGCAUAAAGUUGUGCUAAGAUUUUGCAAAGAAAAAUUGAAUGCUGAGGAUAAAUUAUCGAAGAUGACCGAAAUAUUGAAUGGAGUAAUAUCAAUAAAAGAUUUACCAUUAGCACCAUCGCCUUCAGCAUUGAUAUUUACAAAUUAUGCAACUAGUUUAUUUCAUUACUUUCAUGUGAAAAACAAAACAGAAUUUUAUAUUUCUUCUUAUGCCGUGCAGUUUUCAUCUUCUUCUAGUAAUUCGAGCAAUCCAGUCGAUUCUGAUAUUGGUAUCAAUGACUUUAUAUUGAAUCAUAAUCCUAGUGUUAAUGAAAUCUCGUCUUUAGGAGAAGUCGCUUCUGAAUCUGUGGUUUUAAACUAA